GCCCACAAUAAUAUGAACCAACCCAGAGUCAGCCAUGGAUUAGCGCAAGAUCAUUCCAUUAUAAAUACCCACUUCAACCCUCCAUGAAAAUUCCUGUAUUCCCUAUCUCAUUUCUUUCUUUCUUUAAUUAUUUGGAGAGUUUGAAAGGAUCAGAGAUUCAGAAUGUUGGCUAUUUUUCACAAGGCGUUUGCUCAUCCACCGGAGGAGCUUCACAGUCCUGCAUCGUACAAAGGGUCUAAGAAGCCUAAGCUUCCUGAGGAGACUCUCACAGAGUUUCUUUCUCGCCAUCCUCACAACACUUGUUCUAUGAGCUUUGGUGAAGCUGCCGUCCUUGCCUAUGUCCGUCCUGAUCGACCAUUCUCCGUUCAUCAGAGGUUGUUCUGCGGGCAUGAAGACAUAUACUGUCUCUUCCUGGGGAGCUUGAACAAUUUAAACGUUCUGAACAAGCAAUAUGGGUUGACAAAGGGCACCAACGAGGCCAUGUUUGUGAUUGAAGCUUACAAGACUCUUAGAGACAGGGGACCUUACCCUGCAGAUCAAGUGGUGAAGGAUCUUGAUGGCAGCUUUGCCUUUGUUGUCUAUGACAGCAAGGUUGGAAGCGUUUUCGCUGCACUGGGUUCAGAUGGUGGGGUGAAGCUGUACUGGGGAAUUGCAGCAGAUGGGUCCGUGGUCAUUUCUGAUGAUCUUGAAGUCAUAAAAGAGGGAUGUGCCAAAUCCUUUGCUCCCUUCCCAACAGGGUGCAUGUUUCACAGUGAAGGAGGACUGAUGAGCUUUGAGCAUCCAAUGAAUAAGGUGAAGGCAAUGCCAAGGAUUGACAGUGAAGGUGUCAUGUGUGGGGCCAACUUCAAGGUUGAUAAGUUAACCAGACUCAACAGCAUUCCUCGAGUUGGGAGUGAGACUAAUUGGAUGGAGUGGGACCAUCAUUAGGCUUAGGUUUAAUAAUAUUACAUUGCGUUUUCACUAGGGACAAAGAGCUAGGUCCCACUUCACUAUGAUAGGGCCUCUACUUCUCUUUCCUUGUUUCUUGUCUCUUUGGACUGUACUGUAGAAUAGUGAGAGACAAUAAUGGAAUGUAAAUUAAAUAAAAAAGGUUGGUGCUUGCUGGCUACAACGAUCAUACAAUCAUGCCUGUGACAAUCUGAAGCUUAUCCUUACCUGGCAAAAAAAAAAAAAAAUGUAAUAUUGCUGGUUUUUGAACUUGUUUUUGGGUUUGUGUAGUUCUCACAAUAAUGUCAUGUUCCCUCCAGAAUAUAAAAUGUUGGGUUGUUUCCCCCCUUCUUGGUAAA